AUGCAAUUACUACAAUGCCAGUCGUCAGGCUUCCGAUUCAUAGCCACCGGGGCCAUUCUCUCCCUGAUCAUAACAACAUUCCUUAUCUUCAGCACACAAUAUUCCAAUGACGUCGCCAAGUAUGCCCUGAAGUCGUCCCUCAAGACAGCCCCGCAGACGUGCUUGAACACCUCGCCAUCAGAAGCAAGUAAUGGUACGACAUGGGAAUUUGUUGUCGAGCGCGAUGGCGACAAUCAUGGACUUUCAGAUGAGCAAUGUCGCCUCGCGUUUCCGAAGCUGUUUGUUGAGCUGGACAAAUCUGCGUCGCUGAGGGAAGGCCAUCGCAUUACUUUUAAGGAGUUGGAUAGUCUGCAAGUGGAGGAUGGGAUGGUGCGGGGUAUUGUUCAUCAUGGUGAGCUGUAUGUAGUAGAUUUUGGCGCAAUGCCCGCGACAUUCACCCGCGGGGAAGCAACAUUACAUGCGCUUCAUCGUGCACUCGCUUCGUUCCCAGACCGAAGCAGUCUGCCGGAUAUUGAAUUCGUCCUGACGACGGAGGAUUAUAGCACUAAUGAGGGACCAGUUUGGUCUUAUUCCAAACAGGACGAGCAGGAGAAUGUCUGGUUAAUGCCCGACUUCGGAUACUGGUCGUGGCCGGAGGUUAAGAUUGGCCCCUACAAGGAUAUUCGCCGCCGCAUUGCUGCAGUCGACGACGGUGAAGUGACUAUUGAUGGGGGGUCCACACCGGGGUUACCAUUCCAGGACAAGAAGAAGCAGCUCGCCUGGAGAGGUAGUGUUGCUACGAACCCCGAGAUCCGGGGAAAGUUGUUGAAGGCAGCGCAGGGUAGGAGCUGGGCAAGCAUCCGGGUAAUUGACUGGGAUAAUGAGAAUGAUGUCCGAUUUAACCUCCUUCCGAUGGAAGAUUACUGCCAGUAUAUGUUCCUGGCACAUGCAGAAGGACGCAGCUUCUCAGGGCGCGGGAAGUAUCUUCUGAAUUGUCGUUCUGUGGUGGUUUCGCAUAAGCUGGUCUGGCGCGAGGCACACCAUGCUGCGCUCAUUGCGUCCGGGCCGGAGGCAAAUUAUGUUGAGGUCGAGCGUGACUUUUCGGAUCUCGAUCGGAAGAUGGAAUUCCUUAUUGAUAAUCCGGAGACUGCGCAACGCAUUGCGGAGAAUUCUGUGAAGACGUUUCGGGAUCGGUAUUUGACUCCUGCUGCAGAGUCGUGCUACUGGAGGCAAUUGAUUCGACAGUAUGCUGCAUCGUGCGAGUAUGAGCCCGUCUUGUAUACGCGGGAAAAUGGCAAGAGACAGCCUCGUGGUGUGCCGUUUGAAAGUUGGGUUCUUACAGGAUUCUAG